CACAACACAAAAUGGCUACGAACAACGUGGAACGUCCUGCGAAAAGGGCGAAACUGCUCGAGGACAGUGACUCCGACUGCGGAGACGGUGGCGCUCUUUCGAUCAAUAAGGAAUACGCAAAGCGCUACGAGUAUAAUCAAAAGCGCAAAGAGAAGGAAAAGCUGGAAGCCAAGUACGGCAAAGGUGAAAUUGAAGACUCAGAAACAGACUCCGAGUCUGAAACCGAGGACGAUGAGGGCGAGUUAGCUACAGAAGAGCUCGACGCCCAAAUCACAGCCACCCUACGUGCCAUUCGGUCCAAAGACCCUCGAGUCUACGACGCGAACUACAAGUUCUUUACCGAGGACGAGGAUGUGGAGGAAAAGCCUGCCCAGGACAAUGGCUCUGCGAAAGAAAAGCCUAUGACCCUAAAGGACUACCAUACCAAGAAUCUUUUGGAGGGAAGGCUUGACGAUGAUGCAGAAGACGAUGCACCGAUAAAGACAUACGCACAGGAGCAGGAGGAUGCUAGACGAGAGCUUAUCAAGCAGAUGCACGAUGCUGCAGGCUCUGAAUCGGAAGAAAAUGAGAAUAAUAAUGACGAUGACGAUGACGACGACGGCUUCCUAGUCCGCAAACAUAAGAAGGAACCUCAGGCUGUUGCCAAAGAAGCGAGGCCUACGAUCACGGAACUCGAUGUCAAACGUGCGGACAAAGACCCUGAUACUUAUCUCUCCAAUUUCUUAGCCGCUCGCGCUUGGGUACCGGGCGGCGACUCCCGCUUCCAGCCUCUAGAGUCCGACGAUGAGGAAGAGGAAGCUCGAGCGGAGGCUUUCGAGGCUGCUUAUAAUUUACGCUUCGAAGAUCCAUCAAUGUCCAAUGAGAAGCUCCGAACACACGCUCGUGACGUGGCUGCUAAACAGUCUGUUCGGAGAGACGACAAGAGCGGUCGGCGCAAGGCUCGGGACGCUGAAAGGACCAAGAAAGAGGAAGAGAAGGCCGAAAGACAGAGAGAAAAGGCUCAAUUGCGGAAGCUGAAGAUCGAAGAAAUGGAAGAAAAAGUGAAUCGGAUUCGAAGAACUGCUGGCUUGAGCGGAAGAGACUUCAAAAUGGAGGAAUGGGCGGAUGUCUUAGACGCAGACUUUAACAGCGAGCAGUGGGAUGCAGAAAUGCGUAAGCGAUUUGGAGAUUCCUACUAUGGAGCGGAUGAGGCCCUCGAUGAUUCGGAGCCCGAGAACGAAACAUCUACCAAGAGCAAAACGAAGAAACCAAAGAAGCCAAAGUGGGACGAUGACAUCGAUAUCAAAGACCUGAUUCCCGACUUCAAGGACGACGAAACUACCAAGCCCCUUUUCGAGCUCUCAGACGAAGAUGCCGCACCCGAGGCUGACGCAUCAGCUGGUGCCAGCGACUCUGACGCACCCAAGCCAAAAGGAUUGAAGAAGAAGGAACGCCUCGCCGCACGCGCCGAAGCCAAAAAGAAUGCUCGUCGUGACCGGCGCCUAAUCGAGAACCUCGUCGACCAGAAUCUCGAGAUUGACUUUGCGUUGCCGGCUUCUGGAAGUGCUUCAUCCUCCAAGCAACCGACACGGUUCCGCUACCGCGAGACUUCGCCAACUACCUUCGGUCUUACGCCGAGGGAUAUAUUGCUCGCUAGCGACGAGCAAUUGAACUCGUUUGCGGGCUUGAAAAAGAUGGCUACCUUCAGGGAUGAGGCAAGGAAGAAGAAAGAUCGAAAGCACUUGAGUAAGAAGGCAAGGCUGAGGCAGUGGAGAAUGGAGACAUUCGGAGACGAGGAUGGGCCCAAGGGUGGGUUUGAGACAUUACUUGGUGAGGAAGAUGGCCAGGAGGAACGGAGAGGAAAGGGUGCGAUCGAGGGUGCGGUUGAAGGCGCGAAGAAGAAGAAAAGGAGGCAUAAGAAGAGGAAGACCGAGGCCGUGGAGGCAUGAGUAGACGAAUAGCGAUGAGAGUGCUAGAAGAUGAUGAUGGAGUAGUUUGAUACCUAGUGUGUAUGUACAAUGCCUGGUCACAGGUAUACGCCUUUUUGCCGCUGCGUGUGGUGCGUUCCGGCAAGUAUUUGAACGAGAUGAAAGUUGAUCAUUCUGAACAACAAGUAAACUUACUAAGCUACCUUACAUAACUAGCAGUAGGGAGGUGUACGCAAAUUAGAUGUGUGAUUCUCGCUCAACUAGGAGGAAUAU